CCUCUCUCUCCACAUCACAAAGACACCGCCCCAACUCGUUUAAAGAGGGUUUCUCACUUCUGAGCUCUCAAAAUAAAAUCCGACGACCAAACGGAAAAAACUUUAACCCAUUUCCCGGUGACCUAAUCGGAGAAUCAGGCCAUGGAUACAUCAAACCCUGCUGUUUUCGUGAACGUCGAGCUGCUUCGCAUGUAUGUGGGGCGGAGGGUUAGGGCCGUGAUUCAGGUUGUACGAUCCGAUGGCGGUGUAGUAGUUGGAAAAUCUACCGAUGAACAACAAUUAGUCGUAAAAGGCUCUCCGCCAGUUUCUCUUUCUAAUUUCGUUGAGGUAAUUGGUAUUGCUGACAGUAACCAGUCCAUCCGUGCUGAAAUCUGGAACAACUUUGGUGAUACAUUCGAUACAUCUACCUACAACCAGGUUUGCCAACUUGCAAAUGGAGAGUACAAACACUUGUUUAUCUAAAUGUGGCUUAUAAGAUGCUGCAAAGAGAGUAUAUGGAUUUAGUAAUUUUGGGUUUUGAUACUAUUUUGCGAGAUAUCUUGAGCUUGGGAUUGUUUUUUUUUUUGGUAAAUUAGUGGUGGAUUUGCCCGAAAUCUGAAGUUCUUUUCAUUCCCCCUCCAUUAUUUGAUAGAGAAUGCUCUCCGCUUUUUUCUUGUGGGUUACUAUAUAAAACACAAGCCAAGGAACUCAACCACAACAC